AUGGAGGUGGACUCUGCUGAGAAACGCCUGAGGACGCGAUCCAAAGGAGCUUCUGCCCAGGAUAUCUUCAGCUGCCCCACACCUGGUUGUGAUGGAGGAGGGCACGUGAGUGGGAAAUAUGCCCGGCACCGCAGUGUGUACGGUUGUCCUCUGGCUAAGAAGCGGAAGAGCCAAGAGAGGACCUCCCUGGAGCCAGUGACCAAGCGGCCGGACCUCCACUACAGCCGACCAAUGGAGGAGGGGAACCAGGGGGAACUCGACGAGGAAGAGGAGGAGGAGGAAGAAGAGGAGGAAGUAGAGAGAGAAGAGGGACAGGAAGGGGAAGCUGAUGACGAGGAGGAGUUCUCCGAGGAAGAGACAGGGGAGAUGGAGGAGGAGGAGGAAGAGGAAGGCGACGAAGAGUAUGAGGAUGGAGAGAUCGAGGGAGAGCUGGAGGGAGAGGUGGAGGGAGAGGUAGAGGGAGAAGAGGUGGAGCAGAUGGAGGAUGAUGAGGACGAUCAGGAGGACGAUGACAACAGCGAUGAGGAAGAGGACGAGAACGAGGAAGAUGAUGACGAGCAUGAGGAGGAUGAAGAGUUCGGUGAUCAAGGUCACACACAAGAGAACUGUUACACAAAUGGCGGACAAUCACACGGAGAGAAAGCCGUGGACACCAACAACAACAACAACAGCGGCGGCGGCGGUGGUGGUGGUGGAGGGCCCGGCCCUAACCCGGCCACCGGCGAGGAGUACGAGAACUACGACGAGCUGGUGGCCAAGUCGCUGCUCAACCUGGGCAAGAUCGCCGAGGACGCCGCCUACCAGGCCAUGACCGAGUCGGAGAUGAACAGCAACUCCUCCAACAGCGCCGAGGAGGACGACGAAGACCACGACGACGACGACGAUGACGACGACGACGAUGACGACGAGGCGGGCGGCGGUGGCCGUAAGAACGGCGCCCUCAGCGUGGACCUGGACAGCGACGUGGUGCGCGAGACGGUGGACUCCCUCAAGCUGCUGGCCCAGGGCCACGGGGCCGUGCUCCCCGAGGAGGGCUACCCGCACGCGGCCACCGCAGGAGACGGGGGUGGGGGUGGCGCUGGAGGAGGUGGAGGUGGCGGGCCUGCAGGGGAGGAGACCCAGGAGGAGGAGUGCCUGAGCAGCCUGGAGUGCUUGCGUAACCAGUGCUACGACCUGGCGAGCAAGCUGAGUGAAUCGCAGCUCCCUGCGCCCGACCACGCCUCACUCCCGCAGCAUCAGCACCAGCAGCAGCCGCAUCAUCACCAUCAGCAUCCGCACCAGCACCACCAGCAGCACCAGCAGCACCAGCAGCACCAGCCGCAGCAGCAGCACCAGCCCCUGGAGCGCAGCUACUCGGACAUGGUGAACCUGCUGAAGCUGGAGGAGCAGCUGAGCCCCGUGUCCCACAGCAGCGGAGGAGGAGGAGGCGGCUACGGGACGGCGGUGCCGGGGCCUCCGCCCGACGAGGACACCACCUCGGUGACGUCGGAGCGCUCGGACGAGGCCUACGACAUCACCAAGGGCAACCUGACGCUGCUGGAGAAGGCCAUCGCGCUGGAGUCGGAGCGCGCCAAGGUGAUGCGCGACCGCUCGGCCUCGGAGCAGGGGCCUCUGGGGCGCAAGGACAACCACCACCACCACCACCACCACCACCAUCACCACCACCACCGCGGGCACGGGCACGGGCACGGGCACGGAGAACACAGCCCCAGGCAGAGCAGCGGGGCGGAGGAGAGGAGGGCACGCAUGCACCAUGAGGGCGCCAAGAGGGCCUACUACAGCAAAGACUCCUCCAGAGGCGAGAAGAAGGAGAGCAAGUGUCCGACUCCAGGGUGUGACGGGACAGGUCAUGUGACCGGGCUGUACCCGCAUCACCGCAGCCUGUCCGGGUGCCCACACAAGGACCGCGUGCCACCAGAGAUUCUCGCUAUGCACGAGAACGUUCUAAAGUGCCCCACGCCUGGCUGCUCUGGGCGGGGCCACGUUAAUAGCAACAGGAACUCGCACCGCAGUCUCUCGGGAUGCCCCAUUGCUGCUGCGGAGAAGAUGGCCAAGGUCCAGGAGAAGCACCAGGUCAGCGACGGGUCCAAGAGCAGCCAGUCGUCUGACCGUGUGCUCAGGCCUAUGUGCUUUGUGAAACAGCUGGAGAUCCCUCAGUACGGUUACAAAACUAACGUCUCCACUAGCACGCCCCGCUCCAACCUGGCCAAGGAGCUGGAGAAGUACUCCAAGACCAACUUCGACUACGCACCGGGCUACGACGCCCAGCAGCACCCCUACGGCAAGAGAGCCCUGGCGCCCAAGACCCACGGCCGCGACACCUCUCCCAAGGGAUACGACGCCAAGCGCUACUGUAAGACGGCCAGUCCAGCGAGCAGCACGAGCAGCAGCUACGCUCCCAGCAGCAGCAGCAGCAGCAGUGGCGGAGGAGGAGGAGGAGGAGGAGGAGGAGGAGGAGGGCUGGGCUGGGGCGAUGGCAGCAGUGCCAGCAGCACCUGCAGCAAGAGCAGCUUCGACUACACGCACGACAUGGAGGCGGCGCACAUGGCCGCUACCGCCAUCCUCAACCUGUCCACGCGCUGCCGCCAGAUGCCCCAGGGCCCGCAGGACAUGCUCCCGCAGAGCCCUGAUGAUGAUGAUGUGGGUGGUGGUGGUGAUGACCAGCGGCGGGGUUCUGGGGGCGAGGGUGGAGGCGGUGAGGCCACGGUGCUGACGCCCCUGGAGCCCAUGUCGCCCCAUCGCCAGGCCCUGCUCAACAGCCGCGGAUACCAGAUGGGCACGGCCGACUGCUGGGACCUCCCACUGGACUACACCAAGCUCAAGCACCUGGACCAGGACGGACACAAGGAGCCCGAUGACCUUGACCCUUUCCAAGACCUCCUGGACGAGCCCCAAUAUCCUGGCGAGGUGACCAUGCCCAGUCCCAAACACAAAUACAACCCCUGCAAGGAGGCCAAGAAAGAGAUUAUCACGCUCUCCAGCUGCCAGCUGGCUGACAAAGGCAUCCGGGGAGUGAUGUCUGCAUCCAACUCACAAGAUCUGAAGUGCCCCACUCCUGGCUGUGACGGCUCGGGCCACAUCACGGGAAACUAUGCCUCUCACAGGAGUCUGUCGGGCUGCCCCAGAGCAAAGAAAAGUGGUAUCAAGAUUCUGCACAGCAAAGAAGACAAGGACGACCAGGAGCCAAUCAGGUGUCCAGUCCCUGGGUGUGAUGGGCAAGGUCACGUGACUGGGAAGUACGCCUCGCACCGCAGUGCCUCGGGAUGCCCCCUGGCGGCCAAGCGGCAGAAGGACGGACUGGUGAACGGCGCCCAGUUCGCCUGGAAGUCUGGGAAGACAGACGGCAUGUCCUGCCCCACUCCGGGCUGCGACGGCUCUGGGCAUGUCAGUGGGAGCUUCCUGACACACCGGAGUCUGUCAGGCUGUCCACGUGCCUCAUCAGCAAUGAAGAAGGCUCGCAUGACUGGGGUAGAAAUGCUGACGCUCAAACAAAGGCCCAGUAAAGGAAUAGAGAAUGACGAAGAGAUCAAGCAGCUGGAUGAAGAAAUCAAAGAUCUGAACGAGUCCAAUCAUCAAGUGGAGUCAGACAUGAUUAAACUGAGGACACAGAUCACCACCAUGGAGACCAACCUGAAGUCCAUCGAGGAGGAGAACAAGGCCAUCGAGCAGCAGAACGACUCCCUGCUCCACGAGCUGGCCAACCUCAGCCAGUCGCUCAUCAACAGCCUCGCCAACAUCCAGCUGCCACACAUGACCACGCUGCCCCAGAAAGAUGUGCCUGUUAGACAUAGCUGCUGUUUACAGAUGGCCCAAAGAGAGCCUAUGAACGAGCAGAACUUUGACACGUACGUGGACACCCUGACGGACAUGUACACACACCAGGACCAGUACCAGAGCCCGGAGAACAAAGCGCUUCUGGAGAACAUCAAGCAGGCCGUGCAGGGCAUCCACGUGUAAGGGCAGGGGGCGGGAGGGUGUCCUC